AUGAACAACAUAAUCAGGAGGGUUGCUUUGGCUUUCAUUGUUGCAUUAAGCUGCUAUUCGGAACAAGUUUCAUGUCAGAACAACAAUAAAAGCCAAGCUGCAGUUCAGCUCGUAGCCCAGGCCGUUUACGGAAGCAUGUCUAGUUUCACGGGCGUCUUCAAGGACGAAAUAAAAAAGAAUUUGGGUUUUUGCAUAGUUGAUGUAGAUGCUGAUUGGGACGGGGCAUUUAAUUUCACAAACGAUCUGACAUUUUUGACCUCAUGUUCCCAGUCUCUAAAAGGAGAUAUUUCACAGCGCAUAUGCACAGCAGCAGAAAUCAAACUAUAUGCCAGUGGUUUUGACAUAAAGUCGAAGGGCCAGUCUAACAACUUGCAGCCCAACAAGAACUGUAACUUGAGCGUUUGGCUUAAUGGGUGCGAACCUGGAUGGGGCUGUAGUGCUGCUGAGAAAGUUCAACUUAAUAAUACUAAGGACAUCCCUGUCAGGUCCACUGAUUGUCAGCCUUGUUGUCCGGGUUUCUUUUGCCCUCGCGGCAUUACUUGCAUGAUACCUUGCCCUUUAGGUGCUUACUGUCCACGUGGGCAGCUCAAUCAAGCUACUGGAAUAUGUGAACCUUAUCAUUAUCAGCUACCUGCUGGAAAGAAAAACCACAGUUGUGGGGGAGCAGAUGUUUGGGCAGACAUUUCAACCAGUUGGGAUGUUUUUUGUUCCGCCGGAUCUUACUGUCCGUCCUCCAUCCAAAAAAAUCCUUGCACGCAGGGACAUUAUUGCAGGACGGGCUCAACCGAUGAAGAAAGUUGCUUCAAAUUGGCGAGUUGUAAGCCUCAAUCGGCUAAUCAAAAUAUAACUGCAUAUGGUGUCAUGGUUUUUGCUGGGUUGAGCUUCUUGCUUAUCAUCAUAUAUAAUUGUUCUGACCAAGUUCUUGCAACCCGAGAAAGAAGAAUAGCAAAAUCAAGAGAAAGGGCUGCUGCAAGUGUAAGAGAAACACAAGCACGUGAAAAAUGGAAAUCGGCGAAAGAUAUUGCUAAGAAGCAUGCAGUAGGACUGCAAACUUCUUUAUCACGUACGUUUUCUCGUAGAAAAUCUAUGAAGGGGGAUCUGAAAGCUUUUGGUUCUAAAUCUGCGUCAGAAACUCCCUUGCCACCUGCGCCACCAGCAAGUGCUGGUACAUCAUCGAAAGGAAACAAAAAAGAUAAAAACAGCCUCACAAAAAUGAUCCAGAAAAUUGAGGAAGACCCUGAUAGUCAGGAAGGCUUUAAUGUUGAGAUAGGAGAUAAAAAUAUCAAAAAGCAAGCACCCAAAGGCAAGCAGUUGCAUACGCAAAGCCAAAUUUUUAAGUAUGCGUAUGGUCAGAUUGAAAAAGAAAAGGCUUUACAGGAACAAAAUAAGAACCUUACCUUCUCUGGAGUUAUUUCAAUGGCUAGUGAUAUUGAGAUCCGGAAGAGGCCUACGAUUCAGGUUGCUUUCAAAGACUUAACUCUCACUUUGAAUGCGAAAAACAAGCAUCUUCUAAGAUGUGUGACUGGGGAACUACAUCCUGGUCGAGUUUCAGCAGUCAUGGGCCCAUCUGGGGCUGGUAAAACAACAUUUCUUUCUGCUUUAACUGGAAAAGCAACCGGAUGUCAUACAACUGGCUUAGUUCUUAUAAAUGGCAAGGUUGAAUCUAUUCGGUCAUACAAGAAGAUCAUUGGGUUUGUGCCACAAGAUGAUAUUGUGCAUGGCAAUUUGACAGUAGAAGAGAAUCUGUGGUUCAGUGCCAGAUGCAGACUUUCAGCUGAUUUACCAAAAGCAGAGAAGGUUCUAGUCGUUGAGAGAGUUAUUGAGUCAUUAGGUCUGCAAGCAAUCCGAGAUUCUCUGGUUGGAACGGUGGAGAGGCGUGGAAUCUCUGGAGGUCAAAGAAAACGAGUGAAUGUAGGGCUGGAAAUGGUUAUGGAACCUUCACUCCUGAUUCUAGAUGAACCAACAUCUGGUUUAGAUAGUUCAUCUUCUCAGUUAUUGCUUCGAGCACUAAGGCGAGAGGCUCUAGAGGGUGUUAAUAUAUGCAUGGUCCUUCACCAACCAAGUUACACACUGUUCAAGAUGUUUGAUGAUUUUAUACUACUCGCUAAAGGUGGUCUUAUAGUGUAUCAUGGACCAGUGAAGAAAGUUGAAGAGUAUUUUUCCAGCUUGGGGAUUGUUGUUCCUGAUCGCGUUAAUCCUCCAGAUUAUUACAUAGACAUUUUAGAAGGGAUAGUAAAACCAAGCUCAAGCACAGCAGUAAACUAUAAACAACUACCUGUUAGAUGGAUGCUUCAUAAUGGGUAUCCUGUUCCUUUGGACCUGCUUCAGGGUGUCGAAGGGAUGGAAGGCACAAGUGGUGAAAGUUCCACACAUGGGGCAGCUACUCCAGCAGCAGAAGCCGAAGAUCCGUCUUUAGCUGGGGAAAUUUGGCAGGAUGUAAAAGUCAAUGUUGAGAAGCAGAAAGACUUCUUUCGAUAUACUUUCUUUACUUCAAAUGAUUUAUCUAAUCGGGUAACCCCUGGAGUCUUCCAACAAUACAGAUACUUUCUUGGAAGGUCUGGUAAGCAGCGGCUACGAGAGGCUAGAACACAGGCCGUAGAUUUUCUAAUUUUGUUACUUGCUGGAAUAUGCUUAGGAACACUUGCCAAAGUGAGUGAUGAAACAUUUGGAGCAACUGGUUACACAUAUACUGUCAUAGCAGUAUCACUCCUUUGCAAGAUCGCGGCUUUGAGAACAUUUUCACUGGAUAAGUUGCACUACUGGAGAGAGAGUGCAUCUGGCAUGAGUAGCCUGGCUUACUUUCUUGCAAAGGAUACAGUUGAUCAUUUUAAUACACUCAUAAAGCCGGUGGUCUAUCUCUCAAUGUUCUAUUUCUUCAACAAUCCUAGAUCCUCUGUCGUAGAUAACUACUUUGUUUUGCUGUGCUUGGUGUACUGUGUCACUGGCAUAGCUUAUAUAUUGGCGAUCUCACUUGAACCUGGUCCUGCCCAAUUGUGGUCGGUGUUACUUCCAGUAGUUUUGACACUUGUAGCAACCAGUGAUAGUGUAGCUGAGAGCUCAUUUAUGGGCAAGGUAGCUGACGUUUGCUACGCAAAGUGGGCUCUUGAAGCAUUUGUGAUAUCAAACGCUAAAAGAUAUGCUGGGGUUUGGUUAAUAACCCGAUGCGGUGCACUAAAUCUCCGUGGCUAUGAUCUCAACAACUGGUAUCAAUGUCUCAUUUUUCUUGUGGUAACGGGAGUACUUAGUCGCAUUGUGGCAUUCUUUUGUAUGAUCACUCUCCAGAAGAAAUGA